CAGCCAUAUAUCAGUAGCAGCCAGACAGAAGCAAGCUGCAAGAAGCACAAAACUUUUCCUUUGCUCUCUCCCUCUCAUCUUCUUCUUCUCCUUGUCUGUAAGUAGUUGCAAACUUGCAAUCAUUCAUAUCCAAAGCCAGUAAUUUUUGGUCAUUUAAUUCUAGACCGAAUUUGUGGGGCGCCCCACCAGCGUGCUCUCCUCGCAGUGCCCAGGCAUCUGCUGCUCCUGGCAGUAUUUCCUGCCUUCUUUUGCUCCGUUCGGUUGGGUGCUGCUUUGCUCUCUCCACCUCAAAUCCUCUUCUGCCUCCUCCUCGUUCUCUCCUAGCGGAGCUCUUGUGUUUCGCCAGUUCGGGGUGGUCUCCGGGAGGAAAAGUUGGGUUUUGGGUUGGGAUUAUUCGUGGCUAUAGGAAUCUGUGGCCCAUUUCUGUGUGGUGUUUUCGUCCUGUGUACGAGUUUGCUGGGAUUCUCGGCGCCUCGCUGUUGGACUAAAGAUUCCAUUUUCGUUUCUUGCGAAUACCAAAGCGGUGGAAGCAAUUCUUCUGGGAGCAGAGAGCUGCUUACUGGGGAGAUUCGGUUGGAAGCUUGGCGCCUGCUCCAAUCUUUCUUUGAUGCAAGAAUUGAUCGCGCUGAUGCUAGUGACGAGAUUCGAGGCUGAAUUUUCAGUUUGAGAUCAAAUAGCUGUGGAGUCUGAAUACUUGUUCGUAUGCCAAGUUUCCAUUCGAGGAACUGUCGCUGAAGGGAAAAGAGAUCAAUGGCGUCACUGUCAGAGAGUGAGGCGACAAACAGGGGGAGCAUGUGGGAGCUGGAUCAGAACCUUGAUCAUCCCAUGGAUGAGGAGGCGGGCAGACUGAAGAAUAUGUAUAGGGAAAAGAAGUUAUCAUCAGUUUUGUUACUACGGCUCGCAUUUCAGAGCCUUGGGGUGGUCUUUGGAGACUUGGGCACAUCGCCUUUGUAUGUGUUCUAUAAUAUCUUUCCUCGUGGAGUAGACGACAAUGAGGAUGUUAUUGGAGCUCUUUCCUUGAUUAUUUACACCCUCACUCUCAUUCCACUUGUGAAAUAUGUUUUUGUUGUCCUGAGGGCAAAUGACAAUGGUCAAGGCGGUACAUUUGCUCUUUAUUCCCUAUUAUGCCGUCAUGCAAAGAUCAGCACCAUACCUAAUCAACACAGGACCGAUGAGGAACUGACAACAUAUAGUCGGCAAACUUAUGAGGACAAUUCAGUUGCAGAAAAGAUAAAGAGAUGGCUAGAGGCACAUGCAUAUAAGAGAAAUAGCCUUCUUAUUCUUGUUCUCAUUGGUACUUGUACAGCAAUUGGAGAUGGAAUCCUUACUCCUGCUAUAUCUGUUCUUUCUGCAUCAGGUGGAAUAAAAGUUCAGAAUCAGAAUAUGAGUACCGAUAUUGUUGUACUUGUCGCUGUGGUCAUCUUAAUCGGAUUAUUUAGCAUGCAGCAUUAUGGCACAGAUAAAGUGGGAUGGCUCUUUGCACCAAUAGUCCUCCUCUGGUUCAUUCUAAUUGGAAGUGUCGGAGCUGUGAACUUACACAAGUAUGAUAGCUCCGUGUUAAAAGCAUACAACCCAGUAUAUAUAUACCGGUUUUUCCGACGGCGAGGGAAUUCUGACAUCUGGACCUCUCUGGGAGGAAUCAUGCUUAGCAUCACAGGAACUGAAGCAUUAUUUGCUGAUCUUUGUCAUUUUCCUGUAUUAGCGAUUCAGAUUGCUUUCACCUUGAUUGUAUUCCCAUGCCUUCUACUGGCGUACACAGGGCAGGCUGCCUAUAUAAUUUCCCACAAGAAUCAUGUGGCUGACGUCUUUUAUCUCUCCAUUCCAGAUGCCAUAUAUUGGCCAGCCUUUGUUAUAGCAACUGCUGCAGCAAUUGUUGCAAGUCAAGCCACCAUAUCUGCAACCUACUCAAUAAUAAAGCAAGCUCUUGCACUUGGCUGUUUUCCCCGUGUAAAGGUAGUCCACACCUCGAAGAAAUUCAUUGGGCAGAUUUACAUCCCUGACAUCAAUUGGGUCCUUCUGAUUCUUUGUAUUGCUGUAACCGCUGGAUUCAAGAACCAAAUCCAGAUAGGAAAUGCAUAUGGUACUGCAGUGGUUAUAGUUAUGCUGGUUACAACAUUCCUCAUGGUACCGAUAAUGCUGCUGGUGUGGAAGAGUCACUGGAUCCUUGUCGUCACCUUUAUCGUGCUCUCACUGAUGGUGGAGGUUCCCUACUUCGUGGCCUGCAUACUAAAGAUCGACCAAGGCGGUUGGGUCCCACUUGUCAUCGCAGCAGCCUUCUUCAUCAUCAUGUAUGUGUGGCAUUUCUGCACCGUGAAGCGGUAUGAAUUUGAGAUGCACAGCAAGGUGUCGAUGGCCUGGAUUCUUGGCCUUGGUCCGAGCCUUGGUCUGGUCAGGGUUCCAGGGAUAGGCUUUGUGUACACCGAGCUGGCAAGUGGCGUCCCGCACAUCUUCUCCCACUUCAUCACCAACCUCCCUGCAAUCCACUCGGUGGUUGUCUUCGUCUGCGUCAAGUAUCUUCCAGUCUAUACCGUCCCGACGGACGAGCGGUUCCUUGUGAGGAGAAUUGGGCCAAAGAACUUCCACAUGUUCCGUUGUGUCGCAAGGUACGGAUACAAAGACCUCCACAAGAGAGAUGAGGACUUUGAGAAGAUGCUCUUCGACUGCAUCGUGUUAUUCGUCCGGCUCGAGAGCAUGAUGGAUGGCUAUUCCGAUUCCGAUGAGUUCAGCGUGCCAGAGCAGAGGACCGAUGGAUCAAUGAGCAAUGCAUUCCUGGCUGAAAAAUCUUGCAACACGAUGUGCUCAAAUGGUGACCUGAGCUACUCAUCGCAGGACUCAAUCGUGCCUGCGCAGUCGCCGCUCAGGGGGGACAGCCUGCUGAGGUAUUCAGGCCAGGCCAGCACGGUCGGCGACGAGCUGGAGUUCUUGAACCGGUGCAAGGACGCCGGCGUCGUGCACAUCCUCGGGAACACCAUCGUGCGCGCACGGAGAGACUCGGGGAUCGUCAAGAAGCUUGCUGUGGAUUACAUGUACGCCUUCAUGAGGAGGAUCUGCAGGGAGAACAGCGUGAUAUUCAACGUUCCUCACGAGAGCCUGCUCAAUGUCGGGCAGAUCUACUACAUAUGAGACAUUUUUCUUCCCAUCUUCUUGCUUCCGAUUCCCGGUAGGCGGCUCUGUUGUAAUAAAAAGUGGGGGCAGAUAUGUGCAGUGUCUUGUACACAAUAGAAUCAUGAGUUGCUUGUACAUUGUCAGAGAUUACCACCCAUGGUCGGGGAACGGACUCUACUCGAACUCCGGAGGUCGGGCGGAGAAGGGGAGGUGGACGCGGAGCAUGAGGAGGGCCAGGGAGCGAGUGGACGACCCUCUUGCACCACCGGCCGCCGAUGUCCGGCAAAUCCAUGUCACGUGCGGCCUCGACGGCGGACGGAAGCCAUGGCCGCAGGUGCAAAUCCGAUUUAAGCUAGGGGUUAUUAUGAAAAUAUUUGGAUUGCGAUUAAUAAUCACUGUCCAACUGCACCACGCCUUUCGUAAGUCGUAACUGAUUUUUUUUCUUUC